AUGCGAACGAAUUGUAAAGCAGAAAAAGUAGAGAUUUUAAGUUGUAAUUUGUCAGAUGAUGGUUUAUCAGUAAUUUGUGUUGGCAUGUUUCGUAUUGGAAGUACAUCAUUGAGAAAUGCAUUAGAAAUAUUGGGUAUUAGUAAGGGUUACCAUUAUGAGGUUAUGACCGAUAAACAUUUACAUGAUCAUCUUGAUUUAUGGCAACAAGCUGGCAAAGGUCAACAGGUUGAUUGA